CAGAUCAUCAAGUCCUCCAAGGCGAGAGGUUCUUAGAAGAUUCCAGAGGAGCCAAGAAUCUAGCUCAUUAUUUGGACUUCUGUGCCUCAACAUUAAGACAUCAACAUGACAACUACUCGGAUGUUCCUUGUGGCUCUGGCACUGUGUUUUCAGACUGGCGGCUCAAUACUUUGUUACUUCUGCCCAGAUCAAACGCUCAGCUCAGAGUGUACCGACCAGAAGAACUGCACUGCCACCGAUAGUGUGUGCAAGACGACUGUGCUGAGCCCAGAUGUAGGUUUCCCAUUCCAAGGGAACGAGAUUGUGAUCCGUGGCUGCUCCACACGUACCACCUGUAUACCCAGUGAUCAAGAUGAACUUGGAAACUCACGCUUUGUAUUGUGCUGCAACAUUGACCUUUGUAAUAGCAGAGGACUCAACGCUACCUCCAAUAGUAGAAGAGCAGCGGCGGAAAUCAGUGUGGCAAUGGGAGGAUUCCUAUUAGGAAUUUUGGUACCGCUUAUUGUAAUAUGGCCAUGAAUUGAAAUCUAUGGAUGAUGCACGGUGUGUGCCCCGAGCUGGAGUCACGAUUCUUAUAAUAUUUAUAUGCAAACAAGACUAAGAGCAACUCAAUAUACUGUAAUGUGUUAGUGCUCACCAGUCCGUGGCGCCGGAAACCAUGUGAAUGUUAAUUAUUAAAUAGAAGAACACAGUUUAUUUAUUUCCAGUUCACACAAUAAAUAAUGUAAGAGAA